CUCUUCAAAUACACUGGAAGUGUUGCUUUGUGGGCUUUGCGUGACUCGGAAAGGAUACACACAACACGUGUCACGUGUGGAAAUGUUCAUAAGUUCAGCUGCUGCCAUCGAGCUCGAGGACGGCCGGUGUCCCCGAGGCACACGGCCGCUGCUGGUUGGCGAAGGGUCCCGAGGACAGUCCCUGCAUCCCCGUGUAAGAGUCCCCAGUCUCAGUGCGGCGCGGUGCCGCCUGGGGACUCGGGGCCGCUAAGAAAAGAAGAAGCACGGAUUGUGUUUCUUGGGGCAACAAAUGGUGUCUAUAAAAAGAAACGGGGUCUCGGUGAACAGCCCGCCUUCCCACAUGCCCCUCUGCAUUGUCCGGGCCCCCCCCCGCCCCAUCACCGCCAACGCCGCCCCGCGCUCCGUCAUCAGCACCUCCGGUUCAUGCACGAGCAGUACCCGCCGUAUCGCUGUAAAGGGCCGGGGGCCGACGAGGACGAGAUAAUGGGAUGAUCACCCUAGGGGAUGGGGAUGGGGGGUGAUAACAAUGGUGACGGCUGUCGAGCAGCAGCUGGGACUCUCCGUCGUCUCCUUUUAUAGUCACUCGAGAGUCUUCUGCGCUGGACGCCACCCCUCCUUCCUCCGCGACCGCAGCCGACAUUCCCUAUAUAAGUGGGAGCCAGGGCCCCCGUGGCCCUCUGAGCACUCCGCCCUGCUGGUGGCCCCUCGCGUCCUGGCCGACGGUCCCGAACCCGGACACCAGGCUCUCGUUCAGCCAUGGCCCCCAAAAAGCCCGAGCCCAAGAAGGAGGCGCCCAAGCCGGCCCCUGCGCCGGAACCCGAGUUGCCCAAGGAGCCCGACUUCAACCCCAAAAGCAUUGCGAUUGAAUUCACCGCAGAGCAGAUUGAAGAGUUCAAGGAGGCCUUCUUGCUGUUCGACAGGACGCCUAAGGGCGAGAUGAAGAUCACCUACGCCCAGUGUGGCGACGUCAUGCGAGCCCUGGGCCAGAACCCCACCAACGCGGAGGUCAUGAAAGUACUGGGCAAACCCAGAGCGGAAGACAUGAGCAGCAAGCUGAUGGACUUCGAGACCUUCCUCCCGAUGUUCCAGCACAUCUCCAAGUCUAAGGACCAGGGCACCUUUGAGGACUUCGUAGAAGGGCUGCGCGUCUUUGACAAGGAGGGAAACGGCACGGUGAUGGGCGCCGAACUGCGGCACGUGCUGGCGACGCUCGGUGAGAAGAUGUCCGAGGGAGAGGUGGAGCAGCUCCUGGCCGGACAGGAGGACUCCAAUGGGUGCAUCAACUACGAAGCUUUCGUCAAACACAUCAUGGCCGGAUGAAGAGUGACGUAAGCGCACACGCGCUUCUGUAUUUCUGCCCCGUAAAUCGACUCUGCGAAAAGGAAUUCGAGCUCCAGCUUCCCUCGUCUGCGCGGGACGUCGGCCGCCCCUCGGACCGAGCGUGCGGACAGGUCGCCGUCAGCGCACCUCGCGUCGUCCACGUGUGGCGUUACCAUGGAAACCACUGUAAACACGCGUCUUCGCCGCAAUGUCCUGACACACGGAGCCCUCCUCUUAUGGUCAGCCCUGCGGCUCCUCCUUUUCUUUUUUAAU